AAACACAUCAGUGCCCUCUAAAAGAGUCAAACCACACAUUACUGCCCCUGAACAGAACCAAACAAUACAACAGUGCCCCCCAUAACACAGAAAGACAUAAACCUCCCACAUAACCAGCCACAUCACUACCGCAAUAAGAGAGCCAGAAACAUCAGUGUUCUUAAUAACCAUGACAGAUACAUCAGUGCCCCCCCCCUUCCCGCCUUCAUUGGUGACGUGAGAUUAUAGAUUUCACAAAUGAUGAUUCCCCUACCAGUAACAAUGAUCUUUCACAAUAUGGUAUUUAUGUGCACUUCCCCUUUAAGUGACAUAGGUUGACAGUGCCCACCCUCCGUGACGUCAGCUAGCCCGAGGGAGUUUUCUGCAACUCACACCAUGUCACACAAGCACUCCGCACUCUCAAGUCCUGAAGAAGUUUAAAGGUUACCUGCCAGGCAAUGGACAUGAAGGCCUAUCUCCAGAGGGUGAGUUUGACAGAUACUGCACCUCCUUCCCUCUCUGCAUUACGUGAAUUACACCGCCACCAUGUACACUCUGUGCCCACAGAAAGUCUCAGCAUACAUAGCGGGGAGAAAAUUAUCUUGGAUAUUCCAUGGAUAUAUAAUAAAAUAGUUGUUAGGAGACGAGGCGGUUUCUGUUAUGAGAACAAUGGACUGUUUUUAUGGGUGCUGCAACAACUGGGCUACAAAACACAGGUGCUGUCAGCCAACGUGAGGAACAUAUUCAUUGGCAUUUAUGGUCCACCAUUUGACCAUAUGAUAUUGACGGUAGAACUGGAAGGAAGGAGAUGGCUUUGUGAUGUUGGUUAUGGUGAAGGGAUUGUUGAGCCAUUUCCACUAGAGGACGGAUGGGAAGAGGAGCAGGACAGCGGUGUUUAUCGGUUACGGGUAGAAGGAGAUGAGUGGUACAUGGAGAGGAAGGAGGAAGAAAUCUGGAGGAGUCUAUUCAAGUUCACCCUCGAGGAGAAGAAAUUUGAAGAUUUCCAGGAGAUGUGUGAAUAUCACCAGACUUCGCCCAGUUCUGUAUUUGUUCGAAAGUCCUUCUGUUCCCUUCAGCUCCCACGUGCAAGGCUGACGUACAUGGGGCGCCGUCUGAUCAGCACCCAGUACACCAAGGGAGGUGGAAGUGUGAAGACCACUCAAGAACUCACUGAGGAAGAGAUCCCAAGUUUACUCAAUGAUAAAUUUGGAAUUGUUCUGAAUGGAAAACUGAUACCGAAGGAUGAAAAUAUUGUGAUACCAAAUCAACUUCAAUCAGACUACUCUUCCAAGCCAGAUCUGAACACCUAUCUCCAGAGGGUUGGCCUUCCAGAAUUCAAAGCACCUUCAAUGCAACCAUCCCUUUCUGGGUUACGAGCUGUACAUCGCCAUCACUUGCUCUCUAUCCCUUUUGAAAGCCUUAGUAUCCACAGUGGGGAAAAAAUCCAUCUAGAUAUUUGCUGGAUAUAUGAGAAGAUUGUCCUGAGAAAACGUGGAGGCUUUUGUUUUGAGAACAAUGGUCUUCAUUUUUGGGUCUUGCAACAAUUGGGGUACCAGCCACGGGUCAUAUCGGCCAGAGUGAGGGAUGAAGUGACCGGUGUUUAUACACCUCCACUUUCACACAUGUUGUUAAUAGUGGAACUUGAGGGAAGGAGAUGGCUUUGUGAUGUUGGUUUUGGUGAAAGUAUCUUAGAGCCAUUUCCGUUGGAGGCCGGAUGGGAAGAGGAGCAGGGAAGCUGUGUGUAUCGAUUACGAGUAGAAGGAGAUGAGUGGUACAUGGAGAGGAAGGAAGAGGAAGACUGGAGGAGUCUAUACAAGUUCACCCUCGAGGAGAGAACAUUUGAGGAUUUCCGGGAUAUGUGUGAAUAUCUUCAAACUGAACCAAGCUCUUUUUUUGUCCGUAAAUCCUUCUGUACCCUAAGGCUCCCCCACGGAAGACUGACGUACAUGGGGCACCGGCUGAUCAGCACCGAAUACACCAAAGGAGGUGGAAGUGUGAAGACCACUCAAGAACUCAAUGAAGAGGAGAUUCCAGGUGUACUGAGAGAUAAAUUUGGGAUUGUGCUGAGUGGGAAACUGAUACCAAAAAAUGACUAAGCAUUUACCAAUAACCGUCAACCCAGUAACAUCUAUCCAUCAUUAUACAUAUGUGUUACAUAUCGGGGAUGUAACUUCUGGUUAGUUUAAAUCCACCAAACUACUAUCUCUCUGUCAUCAGAGUGAUGUCUGAAGCUGUCCAAAGUAUGUUUAUCAUAGGCAGUCAUCCUCACCAAGCACCCAAGACCUAAUGCAUUUCUUAAUCUGCAGUUUUAGGUUGUGCUGGGACUUCCCACUGAUAGAGGGGGAGAGAGCUGUUUCAUCCAUGGUUUGUAAAAAAAAAUAAAAAAUAAUACUUGGAGAAAAUUAAAAGUAUUUUACAGAGAGUAAAGA